UGCUACUCAGCUUUAAAAAAAUAAGUGUCCCCGGAUUCAUUAAAAAUAAUCUGGUAACCAUACUCUUGGGUUGUUAAUACUGUGAGCUCCUCCACUGUAGGCUCAGGUAGCAUAUGCGUGUAAAUAAACCAUAGUAUCAUCAAGACACCAGUUUCUGUUGUCCCUCAUUCCAAGGAAGCCGAACCCUGAGCUCAGAGAUUGGGGUGGCAUGCAACCAUUUUGCAAGGAUCACUCUCUGUUGAUGAUCCUCAACGUCUAAUUCUCAGACGUAGUAGUGUAGUGAUUAUUGAUAUGAAAUCAAUAAUUUAAAACAGGGAUGGGGAACUUGUGGCCCUCAGGAGGGUCACAUUCCCCUGGCCCUGGUUUAAAGUUACGAUGCACCCUUAAGGCGAUGAGGAGCCAAAGAAAUUACAGUUAACAUUUACAAGCCUACCUGAACAACUUCUAUAACAUCAAUUAGUGUGUUGAAAUCUCAGGAAAUUGUAGGUAGAAGCUUAUUGUUUCAGCUUGGCAUUUGCAGUUGUUGUUUUUUUUUAAUUAGAAGAUUCCUGCCAGUGCCUAUAAACUCAAAUGCUACCCAGUUAUAAAAGUUGGACUGUAGCGAACACAGCAGUGAAACGACUUGGAGGGGUCAGUUGAGGAUGUAAGCAAACAGCUUAGGAAAGAAGCUCCCGGCUUAUUGGCUGCAGCAUCUAAACCUGUCCAAGAGACAUAAUUCCCUCCCGACAACCCCUCCCAAAAGGAACAACAUGCAAACAGAGGCACUGAGCUGUGUUUGCCAGAUGUGUUCUUAGUAAGGUAAAGGUUCUUAGUGAAUUGGGCCUUCCAUCAGUCUCUGGACAGUGGGCACUUGAAACGCAGAAGGAAGUGUCUCACCUUUAACUAUAUAUAUGCACACACACACAUAUAUUUAGCUCUGAGAGUAGACCGUAGAGGAGCAGCCUUGUCAGAGUGUUUAUACACUCCCACUCCUUGGCUCAGUUUGACAGCAGAACUACAGGGAGACUCUCUAGACAGUCAGGCUAUGUGUGUCUGAGUGAAAGGGUGGGGGUCAUUCUGAGUUGACCUCCAAAUGGAACUCCGGCUGGUGACGCUGCUGUUGUUUCAAGCAGUUUGGAAUAGUGUUCUUGGGAAGAACCAUUCUGUACACAAAAGAGGCCUCCUUGAGUUAUCUGGAGCCAUAAAGUGUGGCACAAGACGAUUUCCUUUGGCAUAUUUAGGUUAUGGAUGCUACUGCGGCCCAGGAGGAAGAGGAUGGCCUAAGGACAAAACAGACUGGUGCUGCCAUGAACAUGACUGCUGUUAUGGCUUCGCAGAGGAACAAGGCUGUAACCCCAUAAUACGUAGAUAUAAAUGGACAUGUAAUGACAAUACUGUGGUAUGUGAUACAAUGUUAGACAGAUGUCAAAAAAUCAUAUGCCAAUGUGACAGAGAAGCAGCCAAGUGUUGGAGAUCUGCCCCUUUUAACCGACGCUAUGCCUUCUGGCCAAAUUUUCUGUGCGGCCAUAUUUACCCUGUAUGCAGUUAUGGGAAAUGUAGGCAUUAAGACUACUUUUUAAUGGAAACCUUCAGUUUCGUUCCACUUUAAGCUCUCUGUAUUUUGUAUAUCAUUCAACUAGACUAGCAGCUUCUGAAUUGUGUAUGUAUCUUCAGAUUUCUGGAAAUGACAGAUUAAACUAUGACCUCUACACCUGUUGGUUGCACAGA